AUGCAUCUCUCAAAUUCUAUGUUUCGCAUUUUGAUCUCUGUGUAUGUUGCACUGGGCAGUGUGACCUACGGAUAUUGCUCCAGUAUCAUCUCGAGCACUCUCGCCCAGCCCUCAUUUCUCUCGUACUUUGAUUUGGAUACGCGCAAAAAUGCCAGUAGCUUGGAAGGUGCUAUCAAUGCUCUCUUCCAGGCGGGAGGGCUUUUCGGCUGCUUGUCAUGUAUCGCAUUUGCAGACAUCCUCGGAAGACGAAAGUCGAUUAUGCUGGCCUCUGUGACCAGUGUCAUCGGAGGAGCAUUGCAAGUUGCAGGUAUUCACAUUGGCGCGUACCUUGUCUUCCGCUUUGUGACCGGGCUUGGUGUUGGUGCCCUGGUUGCUUUGAUUCCUCUCUAUCAGUCGGAAAUUGCUCCACCUCGUAUUAGAGGCCUGCUUGUGGGAUCUCACGGUGUGAUGAUCUGCGUGGGAUAUGCCUUGUCUAGUUGGAUCGGGUUUGGGUUCUCCUUCGUUCAGGCUUCCGCGGUCCAGUGGAGGAUCCCAUUGGCUAUCCAAUGCGUGCCCCCUAUUUUCCUGACAAUUGGUGUCAUGUUUCUGCCAGAGUCCCCUCGCUGGUUAAUAUACAAUGACCGCAUUGAUCAGGCAUGGGCAGCGUACAAAGCAGUGUCUGCUUCGUCAGACACACCGACCCCUGAAGACGAUGAGGAAUUGGCGGCAAACUUUGCCAAUCUAUGCAGUAUGAUCCGUAUGGAAAAUACGGAGGAUCAUAGCUUCAAGGCUCUUGUGACCACACCUGCCCUUCGGAAAAGAUGUAUCAUAGGCUUCGUGGUUCUCUUCGGAUGCCAGGGAACGGCCACCUUGGUUAUUAACAACUACGGUCCAUCGCUUUACAAAUCUCUUGGCUUCAAAACAAACUCCCAGCUGCUCAUUCAGGCUGGCUGGAUUACAAUUUCCCCCUUCGGGAACUUGAUCAACUCUCUCCUAGCUGAUCGAGUAGGACGAACUCGGCUCCUCAUGGCCGGUUAUACCGGCGUGAUAGUGGCAUUGAUUGGUGAAUGCAUCUCGGUUAGUAUUUUCCAACAUAAUGGAUCCAAAGCCGCCGUCAACGCAGCAAUCUUUUUCCUUUUCUUCCACAUGGCAUGCUUUUCAACUACAUGUGAUGCAACGUCAUACAUUUACGCCUCCGAGAUCUUCCCUACUCCUGUGCGUGCUCGGGGUCUGGCAGUUUCAAUCUCUGGUUUGUUUCUUGCCACAAUUAUAUUCUUGCAAUGUGCACCCACGGCCUUUGCUACCAUUGGAUGGAGGUAUUAUAUUGUUUUCAUUGCCUGUACCUCAGCCACGCUUGCAUUUGUGCUGCUCUACUGUCCCGAGACUGGGCGAAAGUCGUUGGAAGAGAUUUCUGACCUUUUCAACUCGCCCUUCGAUGAGAAAGCUCUGGAAGGUGACAAGGACAGGAAGAUUGGCGAUAAGCACUAUGUGGAUGAGGUUGAAGAUUUCGCUGGUCAGGGGGGUGAAAAGGUUUAA